GGGCCGGGCCUAUCCGGCGGCGCAGCCCCGACAUGGAUGUGCUGCUGCACCGCUACGGAGGCCACGGGAGCUUGCGUGUCCCCGACGGGCUGCCGCAGCUGGUGUGCGACAUCAGCAGGGAGGUGCUGAGGAAGCAGCCCUCGAACUUGUACUGUUUCAUCGCGGACUACCUCGAGUCGCUGCUCACCACCGAGGAAGCGUCUAGAGCCAUGUGCGACAUGAUGACGGACUUCUUCGCGGAGCUGGGCGGCGGGGAGACGGCGGCCUCCGGCACGGGGCCGAGCGGGGAGCUCGACCUGAAGGGCGCCGACCAGCAGCAGCAGCAGCAGCAGCAGCAGCAGCAACAACUGCAGGCGGAGGGCUGGCCGCAGCAGACGCAGGAGCCCGCCGCCCUGCAGACGCGCUGCCGGAGGCCACCGCAGCAGCAGCAGCAGGGGCAGCAGGGCCACGGCCACGAAGGCGGCGAGGCGGCGAGCGAGCGGGAGGAGAGGGAACGCGCCGCGUCCCCACCCUCGGAGCCGCCUCGCGGCCCCUCGAACUCCUCGCCGCUGCUGGACGAGUACGGGUCGUACGGGUACGGGCCCGGGGACGUGCCCCUCGGGGUGCCGCUGCUCGGCGCGUCCCUGGGGCUCUCGCUGGGGCUGGGCGCGAUGCUGCGGGCGCCGCACCACCUGGCCGCGGCGCCCUCCACGGAGGCGGCUGCGACGGCGGCCGACCCGCCGCCCGCACCCCCGGUGCUGACGAUCACGUCGGCCGACGGCACGACCCGGCAGUGGCACGGCUGCCCGGCCGUCGAAGCCCCGGGGGCCACGCAGACCGAGCCCAAGGCGAGGAGCGCCCUCACCAACCAUCCGAAGAGAGCGCCGUCAGUCAGGGACCCCACGCUCCAGCAGCUCCUAGAGCCCGGCUGUGAAGCGCUUCCAGAACCAGCUCCUGGCGCGGCCAGGGCGUUCGAGAAGGAGGGCGCCGUUCCAAAAAUACGCCCAGUCCCCGUCCCGAGCCCCGCCGAUUGCGAGCCCCUCGUCCAGAGCCCGCGCGAAGGACGCGAGUCCGGGAGGCGGCACACGUUCGUCGACCGGGACGAGAUGGACGACAUCGGCGAUCAGCUCGACAGCAUUCUGGCCGUGAACCAGCUGGGGCUGCUGUCCGUGUUCGAGGCCAUGACGGACACCAGCGAUCUCGCGGACCCGGAGGGCUCCGACUCGGACGACACACUGGUUGGCACCCCGCCGGUGUCCCCGCGCUACUCCGUCACCUUCCCCGCGGAGGUCCUGGGCGCGGAGCAGGGCGCUGACGUCUGCUUCCACUACGGCGGUGUUGAGCUGGACGGUGCCUCACGGGCUUCGGACCCAUCCGUCGGCCGUGAGGGCAAUUCAGAUUCGGACGACAUAGCAGCUCGCCUUGAAUCGAGGGGUGUUACCACAACCUCGGAUCAGUGCACAGAAAGAUCCGACAACAAUUACGCGCUUUAUUAGUGAUAAAUGGGUACAUGUAUAAGAUUUGGAGAGUAAUAGACAAUAAGUUUUAUUUUAGCGACAUUAUAUUUCAAACCUGUAAAGGGCUUAUAAACUUAUAACGUUGGCCGAUGGUUGUUUACCAUUGGACAUAAAACUAUGAACUCGACCAAUAAAUGGUGAAAAUGA